CAAACACUGCUGGCUGGAAAUUUCCAGGCCCAUUUCCUCCUGCCUGGUGCAUGCUCAUAAAGCAAGAUUGUCUGUACAGUCUGGAGCUGCAGUACUGCAGAAAGUCAAUAAAGAGCUGACCACCUCACCUCUAUCAAAAGCAGUUGAGAAGCCCUGCCUCAUCUGCCUUAUUAAAACUGCACUUGACUCCUGCAGAGAAACCUAGUUGGAAACCUUGAAGAGGAGGGAUAAAAAAGGAGUCUGAAAUUGCAGCCAAAUUAUGUUGGUGCUGAUGCUCCUGGCAGCGCGGAGCCGCCGCGGGUCCCAGUGACAGCGAUGUAGAGGUGGUGCUGGCGGAGCCCAGGAAGCCCUGCGACAUGGAGGAGCUGUACAAGGAUGCCCCCAACCUGCCUAUGGAUGUCACCAACUCACCCUCGGCGAUGGCCAACAACAAGCUGGAGAAUGGUGUGGCUCAGCUGAUCACAGCAGAGGCUUGGAACAUCAACUCGGCCGACCUGAUGAAGAAAGCCCUUUCCCCGCUGGUGACAGUCCCUGCGCCCUCCAUCCUGACGCCGCCUGCCGAGUCGCAGAGCGGGGUGGCCCUGAAGGUGGCGGCCACCGUGCUGCAGCCCAUCUGCCUGGGGGACAGCCCCGUGGUCCUGCCCAUCCACCUGCAGGUCGCCGGCAGCGCAGCCCCACAGAUGCCAGCCACCAACGCUGCCACCCCCUACGUGAUGACAACGCAGGGCCCGGUGCCGCUGCCCGUCCUCCUGGAGCAGCACGUCUUCCAGCACCUGAACUCGCCCCUGGUGCUGCCCCCGGGCGCCGCCUGCCCCGCCAGCCCCCUGCACGCCGGCCUCUUCCCCGGCACCGCCACCCCCGUCGGGCAGCCCCAGCUCCUGGACCCCAAGCCCUCCGGCCAGGCGCAGGAGCCCGUCCUGCCCCCGGUCUUUCAGACCCCGGGAUUCGCCGCCGUCCUUCAGGACCUGUUUCCCUCACAGGGCGCCCUGGGCUCAGCCCCCUGUCAGCCGCCCCCCGACUACUCCACCCUCCCACCGCAGGCCUUCAGCUCGCCCCUGUCCCCGCUGGUGCCCCCUGCUACGCUGCUGGUGCCCUACCCCGUCAUCGUGCCCCUGCCCGUCCCCAUCCCUAUCCCCAUCCCUGUCCCCAUCCCUGUGCCCCACGGCGCCGAGGCCAAGGCGGCCCCUGACCCACCCAAGCCUCCACUCUUCACCCCCCACUCCUGCAAGGGCACCCAGACACCCCUGGAGAAGGAGGAGACGAAGCCAUUCGAGCUCCUCCACCCACGGGAGUUUCCCCAGCUGAGCCGUCACACUGUCAUCAAGAUGGGCGGUGAGAACGAGGCCUUGGACCUCUCCAUGAAAGGGCCGCCCGCGCUUCGGGCCAGCGAGGCGGUGCCGCCGCCUCCGCCGCCGCCCGAGGACGGAGCUCUGGACCUGUCCCUCGCCUCCUGUCGCAAGCCGGGGGGGCCGCACGGGGAGGCGGCCGGCUCCAGCCCCGCCACCACCGCCGAGGUCGGUGCCCACCCCGCCCCGGACAAGCUUCCCGGGCCGGCCGCCCCCUUCGGCCCCUGCAAGCCCCCGGAGGCGGCGGGCAAGGCGGAGGGCAGGGCCGCGGGCGGCGGCGCGGCCGAGCUGCUGCGGCAGCCGCAGAAGUGGCUGGUGGAGCAGGCGGGCAGGGCGGGCUGCGAGCCCAAGGCCGGCAACAACAUCGAGAUCGUCAGCACCUCGCAGACAGCCAAAGUCAUCGUCUCCGUCAAGGAUGCCGUGCCCACCAUCUUCUGCGGCAAGAUCAAGGGCCUGUCGGGCGUCUCCACCAAAAACUUUUCCUUCAAAAGGGACCUGCCCCAGGACUCGGUGCUGCAGUGCUACGAUGUGAAGAGCCCGCCCGAGCCCCGGGACAGCGCCGAGGCCCUCAGGAAACCCGUCAAAAACAGGAGCGUAAAGCUAAAGAAAAUGAACUCGCCGGAGAUACAUAUUCUUCCAAUCAAGAAGCAACGGCUGGCUGCCUUUUUUCCAAGAAAGUAAAUUAUGGGUUUUUAGAAUUUUAAGAUUAUUAUGAGAAGAAGAAGAAAAAGUAAUAAAAAAGAUGCACUCGGUUUUAAACUCAUUUAAAACUUUAAACUAUCUUUGUAAGUUAUUUUUGGGGGAAGAGGGAGAGGAUUGGACGUAGAGGCCCUAUAAGCUUGGUUGGUUUGGUUUUUUCUUUUGUUUUUGGUUUUGGUUUUUUUUUUUUUUGUUACCAAAUUUUGACUUUUCAUGGGAAACUGAAUAAAAAGCAACCUAUUUUUCAAGCAGAUUGCACAUUUUGCAGCUUUAAUGGAGUAAUGGAUGAGUCAGAGGGGUAAGAGCUAUUUUCACUGCCAUAAAGUGCUUUGAUGAUGUAACUCUUCAUAACAGUCGGAAUGGAAAUUUCAAAAUAAAUGUUUGUACGUGCUAA